GCCAAUGAUAUAGAACCAUAAAACGCCACAAUCUUCACAACACAAUAUUCCUUCAAAAUUAAUGAACAAUGUCUUACAAGCUUGAGCGUACACCAAAUACCUUGAGAAUUUUGGAGACUUUGCUGACAGAGUUGAUAGACAGUGAGGAAACUUAUAUUGAAAAACUAUCUUUAAUAAUAAGAUAUUUAGAAGAAUUCCGCAAAAAGAAACCCCAAGUGCCUGUACCCGAUGAUUUGCGUAGCUACAAGGGUCUCUUUGUAUUCUGUAAUGUGGAGGACAUAUAUCGCUGGCACAAGGAAGUCUUCAUGUUAUCCUUGGUCAAAUAUCGCCAAUGUUCAUCACAAUUGGGUAAUGCUUUUGUCAGUAGUGAAACACAUUUCCAUAUGUAUUGUAAAUAUUGUAAUAAUGUGCCCAUUGCCGAGUUUAUUGUGACCGAACAUUUGGAAUAUUUCAAUCAACUUAGUCAGGCUUUUGGCCAUAAACCAGGAGAGCUCCUUGAACUUUUGAAAAUACCAACCCUCAGAUUGGCUGAGUAUAGAAUUUUGCUAUCACGCAUUGCGGAACAUCUUAAAAUGUUGGAAGCCGAUUGGGAAUCUGUUAAUGGUGCCUACAAUAUGAUUGAGAAAAUUUUUAAACACACCACCGAUUUUAAUGCCCUGGAAGGUAUGAAAAAUUAUGAGGACAACAUAUACGAACAUGGCAAAUUGAUUUUUCACAACUAUUUGACCUGCAAAUAUGAGGGCAAGACUAGACGCCAUUAUGUAAUACUUUUUAAGCGCCUACUGGUAUUUGCGGAUAAACAAGAGACAAGAGAUAAGAAUGCUAUGCCCUCAUAUACCUAUCGUCUACAGAUACCGAUGAACAAACUGAUUCUUAAAGAAUUGCCCGGCCACAAAUUUACUUUGAGAUCUACAGAUCCUCAAUGUGAGGAUUUAUGCAUUGUUUGUAAUGGUGAAUCGGAUCAACUCCAUUACCUUUGGCUGCAGCAAAUAAAAAGUCAAUUGAAGAUGCAAACCGAUUUAAUAGCUGCUUUGCAGAAUCCUACAGCGCAGUAUGAAAGGCAGUUGUAAUUUGAGGUUUAAGAUGUAAAUUGUUUUUAAUAAUUUACAAUAUUUUUAUAAUUGUAAGAAAGAUUUUCUAUAGAUAUAAAAUACAAAUAUUUUACAACAUCA